AUGAGACCUCAUUCCUGUCUGUCUGUCCUCUUCCUCUUUGUAAUGAUAAUGCCGAAAGGAGAGGCUGGUUUUCUCCCAGGGGAAAAGCAGUGCAUUUUUCUGAAAGGGAUAUGUAAAGACAUAGCGUGCACAUCCACGGAUGACACCAUCGGCAAAUGCAACGACGAGAAGAAGUGCUGUAGGAGGUGGUGGGUGCUUGAGCCCUACCCAACGCCCAUUCCCAAAGCGAAGGAUCCUUAGACUGGAGACAAGUGCAAGCCCUUCAAACUCCGGCAAGCAUGGACACGCUU